AUGUUAAGCAACAUCAAAAACUAUGCGGCAACUGUUAGUAAACUGUCAGAUCAUGAUGAUUCUUCCAUUGAUAGAUUGAACUAUGUAGUUACCACAUCCAUUUUAAUUGGCUUCUCCCUUCUUCUAUUCGCCAAAAAUUAUGUGGGAGAACCAAUGCAAUGUUGGACUCCAAAUCAGUUCAACGACGGUUGGGAGUCAUUUGCUGAGCAGUAUUGCUUCAUUGAAAAUACUUAUUUUGUUCCAAUGCAAGACUCAAAUCUUCCAGCAGCGGAUACGAGAGAAGAUAGGGAAAUGAUUUAUUAUCAGUGGGUUCCAUUCCUGUUGAUAAUUCAAGCUCUCUUUUUCUGUGUUCCAAGAGCAUAUUGGAUCAUAUUCCCAUCGUACAGUGGACUUACAAUUGCUGAUAUGAUAACUGCCGCAAGAGCGAAUGGAAAGAAACUGGAAAGUGCUGAAAAGGCGCUUGAACAAGUCGCACUGGCAAACUGGAGAACUGAACGACAGAAAGGUCACGGAUCGAGGAUAUUCAAUUGUUACCUGGUUAUGAAACUUCUCAUUCUAAUCAAUAUUAUUCUUCAAUUUUUCCUUCUCAACUCAUUCCUAAACACUGCUUAUACAUUCUGGGGAUGGGGAAUUUUCUGGGAUAUGUUCAAUGGAAGACACUGGCAAGAAAGUGGUCAUUUUCCAAGAGUUUCAUUCUGCGAUAUCAAUGUAAGAGAACUCGGAAAUGUACAUCAUUGGAGUCUUCAAUGCGUGCUCAUGGUUAAUAUGUUCAACGAGAAGAUCUUCAUUUUCUUGUGGUUCUGGUUUGCUUUCCUUCUUGUUGCAACCACGUGUGACUUCAUUGUUUGGGUUUGGAGACGAUUCGACAAGCAAUCGAGAAUCGGAUUCAUUCUAGACCUUCUUAACCAAGAAGGAAUCGAUCAUUCUCCACAAAAAGCAAACGAGUUGUACGAUAAUGUGCUCCGUGACGAUGGAGUUCUAUUCCUGCGACUUCUCGAUUCAAACAGUGGACGCUUGAACUCUGAAGAACUUAUGAGGAAGAUUUAUAAUAUUUCGGUUGGAAAUUCAACCAAUUUGAGUACUCCAAUUGAUGAAGAACAAUAG